AUGGCAACUGCCGCUGGUGGUGGUGAUGACAACGAAUGGCAAAAAUUGCCAUGUGAUGAAAAAGUUCAACAUAAAGCAUGGAAAGCUCGUAUGACUGGUUACGAAGAAUGUGCAAAACUGUUUCGUAGUCAAGAUACAGAUAAAAGUCCUGAAUUUAGUAAAUAUCUUGGACUUGUCAAAAAGUUUGUUGUCGAUCCAAAUGAAAACGCUCGUGAAAAAGCACUUGAUGCAAUAUUUGCGUUUGUUGAAGAAGCACAAGUAGCGGGAAAAACUGUUGGUGAAGUAGCAGGUGGAUUGAUCGGUAAAUGUUUGAAUGGUCGUACAAAAAUGAAAGACCGAGCAUUCGACAUUCUUCUUAUGUAUAUUGAAAUUGAAAGACAAACAGAUAUCGAAGACGAACUUAUUAAAGGUCUUGAUAAUAAACAACCAAAAAUUGUUCAAGCUUGUCUUGAAUUACUUCGACGAGGAUUAUCAGAAUUCGGUUCGAAAAUUCUUCCAAUUAAACCCUUUCUUAAACAAGUUAUUCCAUUACUCGAAGAUCGAGAUAAAAGUGUACGUGAUGAAGCAAAAUUAUUACUUGUUGAAGUUUAUAGAUGGAUUGGAAAACAAACUCUUACGCCAAUGAUACAAAAUGUGAAACCUAUUCAAAUGCAAGAACUUCAAACUGAAUUCGAUAAAUUAGACUUGAACGGUGCUGAUAAACCACGGCAAACACGUUUUCUUCGUUCACAACAAGAUCUUAAACAAAAGAUGGAACAAACUCAAGCAUCUACAACAGUUAGUGCAUCUGUUACUAUUGAUGAUGUUAAUGUUGAAAUGCAAGAAGAAUUGGAUCCAUUUGAAAUGUUAGAGGCUGUUAAUAUUCUUGAUCGCUUAUCAAAAGACUUCUUUGAAAAAAUAGAAUCAAAACAAUGGAAAGAUCGAAAAGAAGUUCUCGAUGAUCUGUUAGCAUUAUUAACUCAAAAUCCUAAAUUAGCACCUGAAGCUGAUUAUUUCGAACUUGUUAAAGCAUUAAAAAAAAUUAUUUCAAAAGAUAGUAACAUUCCUGUUGUAAUUGUAGCAGCUAAAUGUUUAACAGGUUUAGCUAAAGGUUUAAAGAAAGGAUUUAAAACUCAUGCUGUUGGUGUUCUUGAAGUCUGUCUUGAUCGAUUUCGUGAAAAGAAACCAAAUGUACUCGAAGCAUUACGUGAAGCUUGUGAAGCUUCAUAUCCAGCGACAAAUCUUGAGCAACUAGCUGAAGAAGCUGUAGUUGUUUUAGCACACAAAACACCUAUUGUUCGACAAUGUACACAUCAGUUUCUGACAAAAUGUUUUGCAAUGGCUACACAAACAACUCUACCAAAAAAAGUUCUGAAAAUAUAUUUACCACCAUUAAUUAAAAAUACAGGUGAAGCUGACGCAGGUGUUCGUGAUAGUGCAUUUGAAUGUCUUGGAAUGUUAUGGAAAUGUCUUGGAGAAAAACAUAUUCUUCCACAUGUCACUGACUUAGAUGAGCUUAAACUAACCAAAAUAAAAGAAUAUGCUGAAAAAGCAGUUUUAUUAAAUGCACGUGGCGAACCACGUACAGCAGGGACAAGCACAGCUGCAGUGCCAAAAUCUGUUGCUUCUUCUAUUAACACAGCAACAAUGACAAAGAAGCCAAGUGGUGCUACUAUUGUGAAACCUGAUGUUACAGGCGACAAAGAUGAUGCAUCGCCAAAUCCAGCAUCAGCUGCUAAACCAACAACUGUAGUAAAGAAGAAAUCUGCUACAACUAGUAAACCUGCGGCAGCAUCGAAUGAAGCUGCGGAAGAGAAAAGAAGAGAACCCAGACCACAAAAGGCUUCUGUGUUAAUCGCGAAUGUCGUUUCUCGGGUUGCACCAUCUCAAGUGAAACAAACCAUAUCAGAUCCUAUGUUAUUAAAUGAGAAAUUCAAUACAUUAAAAGUUCAACCAAUAACUGCUCCAUUAUUAGUCAAGACCACAGCAAAUGUUUCAUAUGGUACAAAACAUCCAAUCCAACAUAAAUCAGUAUUAUCCACUGUUGGACGCUCAUCAGUGAGUCCAACAGUGUCUUCAUCGUCAAGUAGUACGAAUACUCAACAAUCAAUAUCAUUUGCAUUGACUUCAACAAGAACUAUAAUCAAUUCUACGGCAAUAGUGCGCUCUACAUCGAAUGAUAGUAUAUCAUCAGCUAUAAAUUUCAACAUAAAAAGUCGUAUACCUGUUCGCAGUGAAAAACCUAUUGAUGAUCCUGAAUGGCAAAAAUUACCGCCAGACGAAAAAGUACAACACAAACUAUGGAAUGCACGUUUAACCGGUUACGAAGAAUGUGGAAAACUUUUUGCUUUACAAGAUUCACCCAAAAGUGGAGAAUUUGAAGAUUAUUUAGAUCUUUUACCAAAAUUUGCUCAAGAUACAAAUGAAAACGCAAAAGAAAAAGGCUUAGAAGCCCUACUUGUUUUUAUUCAAGAGGCUUUUGUGGCACGAACAACUGUUGGAGAGAUUGUUCCAAUUAUAACAAGUAAAUGUCUUAGUGGACGACCAAAAAUAAAAGAACGUGCUUUUGAUAUUCUUCUUAUGUAUAUUGAAAUCGAUAAAAAUGCUGAAAUAGAAGAAGAAUUAAUUAAAGGUCUUGAUAAUAAAACACCGAAAAUUGUUCAAGCUUGUCUUGAAUUACUUCGACGAGCAUUGAGUGAAUUUGGUUCAAAAGUGCUUCCAAUUAAACCAUUCCUACCGAAAGUAAUUCCAUUACUCGAAGAUCGAGACAAAACUGUGCGUGACGAAGCAAAACUAUUACUUGUUGAGAUCUAUAGAUGGGUUGGAAAGCAGACUCUCACGCCAAUGAUACAAAAUGUGAAACCUAUACAAAUGCAAGAACUGCAAACUGAAUUCGAUAAAUUAGAUUUAAAUGGUGCUGAUAAACCACGACAAACACGUUUUCUUCGUUCACAACAAAAUGUUAAAAAAAAACAAGAACAAGAAGUUCCGUGUAGUGGUCCAAGUGCACCAGCAGCCGUUGAUGACGUAGAUACAGAAGCACCAGAAGAACUUGAUCCGCUUGAAAUGUUAGAUGCUGCUAACAUUCUUGAUCGUUUAUCAAAAGACUUCUUUGAAAAAAUAGAAUCAAAACAAUGGAAAGAUCGAAAAGAAGUUCUCGAUGAUCUGUUAGCAUUAUUAACUCAAAAUCCUAAAUUAGCACCUGAGGCUGAUUAUUUCGAACUUGUUAAAGCACUAUCUAAGAUUAUUUCCAAAGAUAGUAAUGUACCAGUUGUUAUUGUUACGGCAAAAUGUAUGACAGGACUAGCAAAAGGUUUAAGAAAAGCUUUCAAGAACCAUACUAUAAAUGUUCUUGAAGUUUGUCUUGAUCGAUUUCGUGAAAAGAAACCAAAUGUUCUCGAAGCAUUACGUGAAACAUGUGAAGCGGCUUAUCCUGGAACUAAUCUCGAACAAAUGGCAGAAGUAGCUGUAGCUGUAUUAGCACACAAAACACCUAUUGUUCGGCAGUCUACACAACAAUUUCUGACAAAAUGUUUUGCAAUGGCUACACAAACAACUCUACCAAAAAAAGUUUUGAAAUUAUAUUUACCACCAUUAAUUAAAAAUACAGGUGAAGCUGACGCAGGUGUUCGUGAUAGUGCAUUUGAAUGUCUUGGAAUGUUAUGGAAAUGUCUUGGAGAAAAACAUGUUCUUCCACAUGUCACUGACUUAGAUGAGCUUAAACUAACCAAAAUAAAAGAAUAUGCUGAAAAAGCAGUUUUAUUAAAUGCACGUGGUGAACCUCGUCCACCGCCAUCAGCUGCUCCACCACCACUAACUACGAUUGUUAAAACGAUCAAAGGUGGUGGUGCCGUUGUUGUCAAACCAGAAGUUAUUGUAGCGACAAGAGAGGAUGAUGACGAUGAACUACCUAAUUCAUCACCGCCACCUAAAGCCAGUACAGCUACUGUUAAAAAGAAACCUGUAGCAGGUGGUAAAGCUGGAGCUGGUGCUGCUGAAACAACAGAUGACAAGAAAAAAGAUACGAAAGGAAAGGCGACGGUACCCCCGUCUGGUAAAACACCUCCAAAUAAUGCUACGGGUGGCGCUGCUUCAACUACAGUAAAAGGUGGUCGACCAGUUGCUGGAAAAGGUCGCCCAUCAACGGCUCCAUCUCCACCGAAACAAAUCGCGCCAGAACCAGAAUUGGCAAAAGCAACACAGGACGAAGAUCUUCAACGUCCUGCUACUGCACAUCGUAUUCAAUCGAAAAUUGAAAAAAAACCAGGCCAAUUUCAAUUAGGACUUGAUGAUGAUCAUAUGGAUGCUCUACGUUUACCUGAUCUAGUAUCAAGUGAAUUACCACACGAUUUUGAUCUGCCUGAUUUACCACCCCGAACGUAUGUGUUUCAAAUGUUUUUACAUUGUCCGAAAGCACAAAAUUUAUUUAUUAAUUUCAGUAUAGCAACAACAUCAAUACCAGCUUCAUUCUUAGCAGCAUCGUCUGAUUGUCGCCAAUCAAUCGAUCUUGUUAUCGCACUUAUAGCUGAUCAUGAAGUUGCAAAUAGUUUAUCAUCAUUAGCGCAAAUUGACGAAGUUCUUAACGAUGCUAAUAAAUGUGUAUAUCUUGAACAACAUGUAGAUAAACUUCUACGUAUGCUUUCAAUGAAACUACGUAUUGCACAACAAAAUCAUUUAUAUGAUUCAUCAUUACCUAGUGAUAGCGUUGAACGUUUAUUUCGUGGAAUAUUAUCUGUUUUACUCGAUCUUUUCUCACGGCCACAUCUUGCAAAAUUAGCAACCCGUGAUACAUUAAAAGAAUUACUUAAUGUUCUCUUGCCAUUUGUUGUUGUCACAAUAACACCAACACCAACACCAACACCAACACCAACAAAUCAUAGUCAUAAUCUUGCAUCGAGAAUUGAUGCAGCAUCAAAUGAAGAUUUUAUACGUAUUGUUAAUGUUAUUGUCUUGAAAAUUUUACAAAAUGCACAUAUGACGAAUGUUUUAACAGCAUUAAUACGUCUGUUGACAGAAUGUUGUCUUCCAAAUGAUUUUUCAAUUAAUGAUCCAUUUGUUAAACUUGUACUUAAGUGUCAUUAUCGUUUGGUUCGAAUGUUUCCAUUAUCACUUAAAAAUAAUCCAUUAGAAAUUGAUGCAACACAGAUCUUAGUUGAAAUUUCUUCUUUUCUGAAACAACUUCCAUCACGUCGUUGGCAAUCAUCACCAAAUAACGAUUUUCCACUUCGUAUCAUAAAAACUUAUCUUCAACAAUUAGUCGAUGAACGUCAACGUUCGAUUCUUGAUGAUUUAUCUCGUAUACCCAAUGAUCAACAACCAAUAUCAGAUGAAAUGCGUCAUUAUAUACAUCGUAAAUUAAAAGCAAUAACUGUAUCAUCAACAAAUAGUGAACAAGUAACACAACAACAUCAAGUUAUGUUGAAAACAAUUUUUCAAAAAUUUGCUCGUCGUGAACAAGUUAAAGUUGGUUUAGAAGAAUUAUAUGAUUUCAAACUACGUUUUCCAAAUGUUGACAUUAAUCCAUUUUUGGCAACAACUGCUGAUGCUUUUCAAAAAUUUAUUCAUGAAGGUUUAGCGCGUGUCCAUACUCAACGUACAGCAGCAGCAGCUCUUAAUGCUGCAUCAUCAACAACAACAACAACAAAUUUAACGUCACCUUCUUCAACUAUUCUUCGAGAUAAAACACAAGCAACAACAUCUAUUCCAACACAAGCAUCACCAAAUUCAUUCUAUUCACAAUAUGCGCAAAUUCACGAAGAAAAACUACGUGCAUUAAAAGAACAAUUUGUUUGGAUUGAUACAUUACCAACAUCAUCAAAUAUAGAACAGCAAAAAACGCUAGUUGAUGAUGAUUUUGUUACAAUUUAUAAUAAACGUAUGGCAGCUAUAAAAGAAAAAUUUCGUGAUCAACUUGGAAAUACGUUUGCAUCAUCAUCGACACCCAUUGAUCCUCAAAUUUAUGCACAACAUCUUACUCAAAUGCGACAACAAUGUGGUCUCGCUCCAACGCCCAUAACAACGGGACAGGAUGCAUUUGAUGUUGAGGUUGAAUCUCGUUUGAACAAUGGUGGUGCAGCAGCUGGUAGCACAACUGGAGUUAAUGCUAGAUUGGCAGCUGCACGAUCAAGUAAGACAUCUGAGCCUCAAGUAGAAUCAUCUACAUUUUCAUCAGCACCCAUCGAUGCAUCGGCACAACGUUCACGUGAAUUACUUCGUCAACGACUUGAACGUGUUAAACAAGGCAUUAUUGAGUGA